CUGAAUUGCAGAAGGAGUUCUUCACCUACACCGCCAACGAACAAGAUUUCGAUGAGCCACAAGCUCUGGAGAAGGUUUCCAGCUCUCUGAACAAAGCUCUGCGUGUUGUCUUCAUCAAGGGACCCGAGAACCGUGGUCUGGAGAACGCUGCUCUGGCUCUGGCUAAGCAGGCCGCCCAGCAGGAGACCGCCAUCUAUGUUCUGAACAAGCAGGCCGAUAUCGGAGAUCUGGCCAACAAACUGAAUGCCAUCCGCAGCAACACCAACAACAAGCCCGAGGUGCACUUCGUCAAGUACCGCACUCCUGAGGAUGCCGCCAACGCACAGCGCGCCAUUCAAAGUCAAUACGAUCAAUUGGGAGGCUCUUCCCAGGCUCACAAUGGAGGUGUUGCUCCCGUUCUGAACUUCGCUUCCCAGGGACCAGUGCGUCAGGUUAACGCCAAGUCGCCCGAUAAUUCCUACCUGCCUACCUCGAUUUUCCGUCGUGUCUAAAUUUACAGUUAGAUUUAGAUCAUAUGAAUGAUAAUGACAGCGAUCUUUGACUGAUUUUUAAACCUA